AUGUUUACUACUAUAGAAGAUUUACUAUCAAAAUUAUGGCAUAAAAUCUUUGAAUAUUUGGAUGGUUAUGAUAUAUAUAAAGCAUUUGAUGGUCUUAAUUCAACAAUAAACAAAAUUAUUGAUACUAUUUCUCAACUACAUUUUGAUUUUACAAAUAUUUCGUCACCAAACUAUCGAUUAAUUCAAUAUAAAUUUAUGUCAUUAAAAUUAAUUAAUCAAAAUACUGAAUUGCAAUUGUUCACUCGAUUAAAACAACUUUCUCAACUUCGUUCAUUAACAUUAACAGGUGUUCGCUGUAUAUGUAUUAUUGAAAAAUUACCACAAUUAAAUCAACUACAAUCAGUUUUCAUUCGUUAUUCAGGUACAACAUCUUGUUUUAACAUUGCUCCUGUUCUUCGAACAAUAUUCAAACAUUUACCAUUUAUCAAACAUUUAACUUUGUUACCAAAUGAUUAUCAAUGGUUUUGUUUAGCACCAAAAUUUAUCGUACCAACACUAACAAAUAAUUAUUUAAAUACAUUAGUAAUUCAUAUUUGGACGUGUCAUGAUCUAUUUCAAUUUGUACAUGUCAUACCAAAUAUCAAACGUUUAAAAGUUAUAUUUGGUUGUUCAAUUUCUGGUGCAUUAACAAAAGUUUUUCGCAUACCAAAACUAAAAACUUUAUACUUUGAAACAGAAAAAAAUUCAUUACAGUAUGAUUUUAUCGUUUAUUUAUUCAAAUGUUUUUAUAAAUUAGAACAAUUUUCAUUCAUAACUCGAAGUAGAGAAAUUGUUAACGAUCAAAAAUGGAACAAUUAUUAUCGUCCUAAUUUUUUAAUUUUUUAA